UAUCGAAACAAAGUCCACGGCACGGUCUUCCCCGGCGGCACUCCCUUCCCUUCCCUUCCCCCAACAAAAAAAACCACCGCGAUGCCGCCGUCCAAGCCCGAGAGCAAGGCGCUGCUCGUGCAGCGCUUCGCCGGCCUGGGAUCCACGCUGGCCGGACUGAUGUUCGUGUGGAGCAUGGUCCGGCCGUUCCUCCCCCGCAGCGUCUUCAUGCACUACCUGGGCCGCUUCCUCAAGCGCUACCUGCGCCGGGCCCUGGGUUUCCUCGACCCCUGCCUCACCAUCAACAUCGGCGAGUACGACGGCGGCGACCGCAUGAGGCGCGGCGAGGUGUACGACCAGGCCAGGGCGUACCUCAGCGACCGCUGCUCCGGCCGGGCGCGCUCGUUCUGGGCCGAUCUCGCCUCGCGCGGCAGCCAUGCCUUCGUCCUCACCAUGGGCGACCGCGAGGAGGUGGGGGACGAGUUCCGCGGCGCCACCGUGUGGUGGCAGCACUUCAUGUCCGGCGGCCGGAGAGGCGGCGAAGGGGACUCCGGGCAGUUCUACCAGCUCGUGUUCCACGAGCGCCACCGCGAGCUCAUCGUCCAGUCCUACCUCCCCCAUGUCUGCAGCGAGGGCCAGGCUAUCAUGGCCCGCAACCGCCGCCGCCGCCUCUACACCAAUUCUUCCACCGGCGACCGGCAUAAGUCGUCGUGGAGCUACGUCUUGUUCGAGCACCCAUCGACAUUCGACACGCUGGCCAUGGACCCGGCGAAGAAGCGGAGCAUCAUGGACGACCUGGACGCGUUCCGGGACGGGAAGGAGUACUACGCGCGCAUCGGCAAGGCGUGGAAGCGCGGGUACCUCCUCUACGGGCCACCCGGCACCGGCAAGUCCACCAUGAUCGCCGCCAUGGCCAACUACCUCGACUACGACAUCUACGACAUCGAACUCACGUCCGUGGCCACCAACAUCGAGCUCCGGCGCCUCUUCAUCCAGACGUCGGGCAAAUCCAUCGUCGUCCUCGAGGACAUCGACUGCUCCGCCGACCUGACCGGCAAGCGGAAGAAGUCGUCGACGCCCAGGGCGCCCGCCGACGGCGUGCCGGCCGACAAGAAGGUCACGCUCUCCGGCCUGCUCAACGCCGUGGACGGGCUUUGGUCGGCGUGCGGCGGCGAGCGGAUCAUCAUCUUCACCACCAACUACGUGGAGGAGCUGGACCCGGCGCUGAUCCGGCACGGCCGGAUGGACAGGCACAUCGAGAUGUCCUACUGCUGCUUCGAGGCCUUCAAAUUCCUCGCCAAGAACUACCUGGGCCUUGACGAGCACCAUCUGUUCGACGACAUCGAGGCGCUGCUCCAGGCGGCCAAGAUCACCACCGCCGACGUCGCCGAGCAACUGAUGAUUAAGUGCGCCGACGACGAUGCCGACUCCUGCCUCGCCAACCUGCUGAAAGCUUUGGCCCUGAAGGUCGAGGAGAAUAAGCUAGCCGAGACCAAGAUUAUCAAGGGCAAGAAGGUUUCGGAAGACGAGUAGAGCUAGCUUAAUCAGGAGUCAAUCAAUCUGUUUUAGAGUGUUAGUGGUUUAAUUCAUAUAUCUGCGGAAGACAUUGUAGUUGUUCGAUUGUUACUGUGGAUCGUUGGUUGCCUCUUGCUACUGAUGCCGGAAUGGCGUUAAUUAGAAUGCAUGAUGCAGAAUAGUGUCUAAUCCUGUCAGUUCGUUGGGUCAUGCUUGCUUCUCAUGCCGGAUGAUCCAUUUGAACUCAGAAAUGCAUAGUGAUAACAUUUCCGUUUGCUGGAUGCAAGAAUGAUGGUUGAAUUUGAAA